GGAAUGCAAUUGGUUGGCUGACUUCCGCAUCUUGUUAUGUUUCAUGCGGUUUUAUGGGAAGCAAAGCAUGGCAGCAGAACCGUGGAACAGGGUAAACAUUCCCUUUCCCGGUGCUGUUUCUAGUGUCCGUGUACAUUUCAGCUCUACUACAGAUGCGCACGUGAAAUCCCUGCUGGUGGAAAACGAGAAGGUGCUCAAGCUAAUUCGGAGUGAGCUUCUUCAAACGGAGAUCAGAGUUCUGUACGAGCUGCUGUACAUCCUGAACAACAGCUCAAGAGGCAACAAGACGUUCAAGGGCUUAAAGCAGGUUGAACAAUGCAUUAACAGGCUGAAGAGUAUGGAGCUUGGUGUUGCUCUUCAGGAUCUGACAGAUCUGUGUCCCAGUAGAAUUCAAAGAGGAUUGGGCAUUAAGGCUGGUGAGUGUGAUGUUCCAAGUCAACCCAUGCUGGAGUGGCUGUGUCUAAAAGUCCUGGGAGCCGCCCAGCUGAUGAGCUGCACGCUGAAUCGCUGCAGCAGAGCUUUCUCACUCUCAAAGCAGCAGAUGAAAUGGGAGGAGUUUGUUAUCUUGAAUGUGGUGAUAACCAGCAUGCUCAGUCGUCUCUGGGUGGUUUUCCGUGGUAUCCUGGUCAGUCUGUCGACUCUGUAUCAGCAGCUCCUGGAGCUCCUCAGAGAAGUAGCCAACGCCAAGCCCAUGCCCUUCCUCACUGACUUCUCCCUGCCAGCAGAUAUUGCCCAGUUCCUGGGUCCCUCUGAUGCGUUUUUACUGACCAAAGAGCCAGCACACGACCACCUUGCCAAAGACCACAAGGAAGAGGAGCAGCAGCAGCAGAGGAGGAAGAAAUCUUCUGUUAAAGUCAAGAACCAGAUGAAGAAGAUGAAAGAAGACCUGGGUGUUGCUGUGGAAAGAGAUCUAGUUCUUGACACUGACAUGAAGCCUUUCCUCGAGGUUUUCAGGAACUUUACAGAGGGAAAAUCCCUCCCACGGGAAGCGCACAAGGCUAACGGGAAGCAAAAGUUCAAGAAGCAAGUGAAAGAGGCUGCUACUUUCACAGACAUGGCGUCGCGUCUAGAAGAAAUGAUCCUAUGGUGCAAAACCCAGAAGAGGGAAACGGAAAAACGCCUCUUAGCCUUCCUGCGUUUAAAGUGCCAACGGAUGAAAUGCCUAGAGGCAGCAGGUUACAAUGUCCAGAGGAAGUUGCGGACCUUCAGACGGGAAGCUUGCUGGGCUUUAUUUCCUCGAGGGUCAGUGCCAAGAACCUGUCGUUCUCCUAGGAGGAGACAUGCUCACCGGAGAACUCGUUUUCAGUCACUCAGGAGUCGCUUUAAGUCUUCAGCAGCACGAACUGGUGUCAAAAAGAAACGGCUGAAGAGGCAAAGGAAAAGGGCUGCGUCAUCGGUGUCUGGACUGUCGGGGGACGGCCAAAGAAACUGGACUACGUACAAGGCGACAUCUCAGACCACUGACUGUAACAUCCACGAUGACAUAGAUGAUAUAUUUGCCUCUGUAGGUUUGUGACCCUCUGGAAACAAAUCACUUUAAGCAGCUGAGCUCAGUAUAUGACCCGUGCCUCUGUUUUAUUUUAAGGAAAAGUUGGAUGUUCAUGUGUCACUUCAUGUGUAAUGAAAUCUGAUCAUUGGACAUUGUUUUAUACAAGUAGUAAAGAGCAGCAGCGGAUUGUACAGUAUACUGCUUUAUCUGACACUGAGCUGCAAAGCCUUAUAAUGUCAAUAAAAAUGAAUUUUUUUCCA